AUGACGGAUCCUAAGUCCAAUUUGUUCCAUGAAUGGUUCAACUACAUGCUCCUCCACCCUCACUACUCUUCUUCAUCCUCUUCUCAAUCCUACCCUCUUGUCAAUUACUCAAACAACAGGUUUGGAAUUCAAUUACAAGGAGCCUCAUCUUCAUCUUCAUAUGCAGCUCCUCCUCCUCCUCCUCCUUCCUCCCCUCCUCUCAGAGAGGCCCUUCCUCUCAUCAACAAGAUAAGCCUAACAAGUGACCAGCUCCAACAAAAUGAAUCCUCACCGAAUGUUUUACUAGAGAAAGAAGGGAACAAGAAGGUGGAAAGCAACAAGCAUGAGAGUGGAGAAGAUGGUGUUGAAGAAAGUGUGACUGUUGCCCUACACAUAGGGCUUCCCAGAAUGGAUACUUCUUCUGAUCUGGGGUCAUCAAGGGUAGUCUCAACUUGUAUGGAAAUGGGUGAAAAAGAGGAAGUGAACAUAAUUUCUGAACACCCUUUGGAUAGAUUGAACAAGGGCCAGUAUUGGAUUCCCACCCCUUCUCAGAUUCUCAUUGGUCCUACACAGUUCCCAUGUCCUGUGUGCUCAAAAACUUUCAACAGAUACAAUAAUCUUCAGAUGCAUAUGUGGGGACAUGGAUCUCAAUACAGAAAGGGGCCUGAUUCUCUUAAAGGAACACAACCAACAGCUAUGCUAAGGCUUCCAUGCUUUUGUUGUGCACCAGGUUGCAAGCACAACAUUGACCAUCCAAGAGCAAGGCCACUCAAGGAUUUCAGAACUCUUCAAACACAUUACAAGAGAAAGCAUGGCAUAAAACCCUACAUGUGCAGAAAGUGUGGCAAAGCAUUUGCAGUAAAAGGUGACUGGAGAACUCACGAGAAGAACUGUGGCAAAAUAUGGUAUUGUUUAUGUGGGUCUGAUUUCAAACACAAAAGGUCCCUAAAAGACCAUAUCAAGGCCUUUGGCUAUGGCCAUGGUGCUUUUGGCAUUGAUUGCUUGCAAGAAGAAGAUGAAGCUGCUUCUGAAGUUGAACAUGAUGGGGAAAGUUCAAUAUGA